AUGCUUUUUUCUUUACUUUCCACAUCGUUAUGUUCUCUGCAAUGCAAGAAUAACAGAAAUUUUGGUGUUGACUGGUUUGCCAUGUUCAAAUUGCCACCAAUUAAAGAUAAAAAUCCAAAUCAUGCAACUGGAAUGGCGUUUUUCUACACAGACCCAUCGACAAGCCUAGCUGAGGCUACAUCAGAUGUAGGUUCUAAAAAUGGUAAUCCCCUUUACUAUACGCUUUCACCAAUGUAUUCUAAAGAUUCUGAAAUUGGUUAUAUGCUAAUUUCUGAUCAACCUCCUCACAGAAUUACAAAUCCAUCUGACACAUAUGCUCAUAAGAAAGGAGUUCUAAUAUACGACAAAGAUAACGGACUUUAUCUUGAGCAUUCUGUUCCAAGGUAUCCAAAUGACCCUCAAGUAACAACUGAGUAUUCAUACCCUGAUACAGGAACAAAUUUCGGACAGUCAAUGCUAUGCACAUCAUUGACUCAUGAACAAAUCAAUGAUUGGGCCUAUGGAAUGUUGAUUGAGCGUGGAUAUGUCGUUUCUUACAAUGCACCUUCAUUUACAGAUCUCAAAAUGCCUAACCUUCGCAAAGUUAUCGAUGGCGAAUGGAUUGAAAAGGAAGUCAAAACAAAAGUUACAGAUAUUCAAUUGAAGACACGUUCCUUUAAACUUUUCUCUAAAUGCAGAUUCUGGGGACUUGAUUUAUACCACGAUUUGAUUGCCCCGACCUUUUCUACAAAUGUUAUUUCUGAAACAUGGGCAAGAGGUACCGGAACGAUGACAUCUAACUGUACAGGUGCAUACAAGGCAAAUAACAUAUUAACAGUAAGUCUGGGUGAUGUUUCAUGGUCAAGAAUGAAUGAUCACUCAAAAUGGGCUGUUGCAGGGGAUUACGUAUGUAUUGGUGGUAUAAAUCGCCAGGAUAAGCAACUUGAACGUGGCGGCGGCACAUGGUGCAUGAAAGACGCAAAUUUUGCUACAUUAAUGAGAAAGAGUGCUUCAGAAAUUGAGCAAUGCCCAUAA